UUUAAAUCACCAUGCAUUUAAGCAUCCUUCGUUUGUUGGCCGUUGGCCUUGCUGGUCUUGAUGUUACGGUUGCGGGCCCUUGCAAACCUCGUUCGUCGGCAUCUGAAUCCUCCAUUGCGAUAACUGCGACAACUGCGGGAACAUCCAGUUUUACCUUAUCUUCCGACACCUCGGCCACCUUUGCCAGUACCACGACCGAAGCAGUCACUACUGCUGACACAACUACUGAGGCAACCACUGAAGUGACUUCGGCGGUUACUGAAAGAGAUACUGCCAGUACUGAAGCAACCACUUCCGGCGAUACAACCACCGAGGCGACUACUUUCGCUACGUCAACCGGAACCACCGAGGCAGCUUCUACUACUGGCGCAGAUGCUACAACGGAGACCAUGACCACUUCAGGCACAGUCACUGCUUCAUCCGAAAUCACUCAGGCUCCCACCACCACUGAAGAGACAACUACUGCAGCCGCUACCACUACCGCCGUGCCAAUGUUCCGACUACUCGCUGAAAACGGAGGCUACGCAAACCAACCUCUUCUAGCAACACGGUACCCGUUCACCCCUCUUAUGUUCAGCAGCGCUCAAGGCUAUACCGAGGCUUACUUCACCGUCGAUGCCACUACUGGCCACCUGUUGCUCGACGGCCAUUUGCCUGUGUGCGGCAUCCAACCUGGCGAUGGCACGAGUUCAUUCACGGUAUGCAGUAACAACAUGGGAGCACAAGAACAGUUUCUCACUUGCGAGGCACCUACCAGCAGCCAGUUGGAGUGCACUGUUCCUGAGGUGCAGUGCAACAUGUUUUCACAAACUUGUACCAACACUGGCGCUCUCUGGGGCACUACAUAUAUUGGCGCCUCUGGUGGUACUAUUGGUGAUAAAGCAAUCCUCGGCCCUCAGUCCAUGCAAGGAUACACUCCCGUGCCUUUCUUAAUUACGUUUGACUCUGAUUAAGCAAAUAAAGCUGAGGCUCAUUUGUUAAUUAAUGUUCCUCUUUCUUGCAAGCUAGAUCUCUUUAAGUAACUAUGGCUUGCAAUUAUUUAAGAUAUUGGCAUUCUGCGGGGGUCGCCUGGCCAGAUCUCGUUUGCAUUAUUUGGAGAUAUGUUGCUGUCAUCACAGGAUGCAAGGCUGCUUGCCCUCAGACCGAGGUUUUUGUACUGCUUAAGAGCCGAGGCAAAGUAGCAUGCUUCAGAACGGAUCUUUUUAAUUUCCCUACCACUUCUCGUAGGUAUACCAGCAUUAAAAUACUCUACCCAUACUUUAAUAA